CUCAAAUCCAUCCGCUGGCUUGGGUCUUGCUGCAGGAGAGACUGAAUCAGGUGGCAGCAAUCUGCGCAAAAACAAUGAACAAGAGGAAGAGACAAGAAAGUUGGACUAUAACUUCAACCUUUACACAGAAAAUCAGUUACAGAUGGCAUUUGUUGUUAUGAAUGGCAUCUUACCUUCUGACAAGCCAGGCUCAGACCAGUUGUCGUGCUCAAUCAUGUCUAGAUCUUCUUCUUGUGGGAAGCAUCCACACACCAUGACGAAUAAGAGCACUCCCAGAGACCACACAGUAGCUGGUCUCCCGUGGUACCGGCGCCACACGUCAUACUCAGGAGGGAAGUAUUCUCGUGUGCCUGUGGAAAAACGAUUUUGCCCGAUGGGUGUGAAUAUGGCAGUGUAAAAUGGAUCAGUCCCGGAAACGGAGAUUAAAUACUAGGAAAGCUGGGCUUUCUCAGUGUAAAGUGGCAAGAACUGAAGAGCCAGAGGAAGUUUCUGAGAGCGGAGAUGCUGGAGACGCUGCAGGAUCAGACAGACACUUCAGUACCAUCAGAGCCUCCAGCCCUCAGUCUGACAGCGCCAGUCAAGAACAACAUGCUGCAUGUAUGCAGAAGCCUGAAGAUGAAGUUGAGAAGAACUUGGUCAUCACAUGUGAUAAGGAACAGGGUGGAACCCGAACACUGAGCAGGAGGAAAGGUUUGAGAAGGAAAAGAGAUGUGGUCAGUGAAAUAGAAACUCAGCAGAAGGAAGCUGAAGAUGAAAUCCAGCCAGAGGUGGAGAUUGACCGAGAGCUGGACAGAGAACUGGAAAAUAAAUCUCGACAACAUAACUUGACUUCUGCGAACGUUCGUAGCAUCAUUCAUGAAGUGAUCACCAAUGAGCAUGUUGUGGCCAUGAUGAAAGCUGCUAUCAGUGAAACUGAACCCGUUCCUGUGUUUGAACCCAAGAUGACCCGCUCUAAACUGAAGGAGGUUGUGGAGAAAGGAGUUGUCAUUCCCGCUUGGAACAUUUCACCAAUUAAGAAGCCCACAGAGGUGAAGAAGGGACCUCAGUUUGUGGAUAUUCCUUUAGAAGAGGAAGACUCAUCUGAUGAAGAGUAUCGGCCUGAUGAAGAGGAGGAGGAUGAGACAGCUGAGGAGACUCUUCUGGAAAGUGACUUUGAGAACUCAUCGUCUUCUCCACGGUGUAGUCGAGUGAGCAGAUCACUCUCUGAACAUGAGGAGGACAGGGCCAGCAGCUCUAGACCGAAUCUUCGCAGAUCCAGGCACCUGACAGUGGCUGUAACCCCAAUGGGCCCCCCACCACCACCACCAGUCCCUUCCAGGGCCCCGCCAGAGUGCAGCUUCUUAGAGAAACUUCAUGCGGUGGAUGAGGAGCUGGCAAUCGGCCCUGACUGCAUGGAGUCAUAUCAGGGUCUCAGUGGUGCUAAUGGAGAGGAGAGCCUGAUUUCAUUUCGCACACGAUCAAAGCGCCCACUGAGAGACGUCCCUCUGGGGCGCCUGGAGGCGGAGCUACGUGCUCCUGACAUCACUCCAGACAUGUAUGAGUUUGGCUCCGCCCCUGAGGACAGAGAAUGGACGCAGUGGCUGCAGGGCCUCAUGACUUCAGAUAUGGAGAACGAAGAGGAGGGUGAUGAUGAAGAUGACCCCGAGUACAAUUUCCUGGCUGAUAUUGAUGAGCCUGAUGUGGAGGACUAUAGAAAUGACAAGGCAGUGCGCAUCACCAAAAAGGAAGUCAAUGACUUGAUGGAGGAACUAUUUGAUGCAUUUCAGGAUGAAUUAGGGGGUCAGGAAGAAGAAGGACAUGAGGAAGAAGAGGAAAAAGAGGAAGAGGAGAGUCCCCAGCAGGAGCCGCCUGGCAUUCUGGAGAAUAUCCAGUACGAGGACCCAUUAGCAGAUGUCUUGAAGCAGCGUUAUCGUACAGUGCGGGAGCAGCUGGCGGCGGUGAGGAAACGGAAGGCUCUACUGGAAAGUAAAGGAGUGUCUAUACCUCCACCCUGCCCUCAACGCCCCUCCAGCCCCAUAACAUCCAUGACGCUGAACGCAGCUCAGAAACUACAGCUACAGCAGCAGAUCCAGCAGCAUGUGCAGCUCCUCACGCAGGUGAAUAUGUUGUGCAGUUCGGUUAAAGGUCUGGAAACAGAAGCUUCAACAAGCAGACAGUUCUUGCUGGAGCUGCAGAUGUUUGCGCAGCAUGGAGACCGAUCAUGCAAUCCAGUAGAGCAUGGCUUCACCAGCAUCUUUAAAGCCUGCAACCUUCAGGGUGCUAUUUCUCUGCUGGCGGAACUAGAUCAGUCGCCCAAAGGAGACGCUACAGUCCUAAGUCCAUGUUUCCCUGGAUGUCAGUUUCCUGCUCCUUUGGCCUGGUUGAUGGCGACUCGAUCAGUGUUUCUCUACCCAGAGCUACUUCCUACAAUCCAACUGCGGCCUUCUAGAUUCAAAGGACCGUUUACUUCGGCAGAAAAUUGUCUUGUUGUUCUAGGUCAUAAGCACUUAAGAAGUACCCCACACCCCCUGCAGAUGACUUGUCGCUAUCUGCUUGCUGCUAGGAGCUUUAUCAGUUUAAAAUCACACAUUCGUGAUGCAUGUCAUAAACCUUUUCCCAAUGUCAUCAAGACAUACUUUGUGACGGGAAAAUGCCCUCCCAUGCCCUUGGCCUGUAAGAGGGUCAGUCCUUCUGACCAGCGGCCCCCUGUGGAGAGAGAAAAGAACCUCAUGCCUGAUUGGCUCUCGAAAAACCUGAAGCGCAUUUAUGAGCUUGUAAGACUGUUUAAUCUUCCAUCUGGAACCUCCCAGACUACCAGUCCAGCAGAAGAAGCCACUGAGUCUCCAGGUCCAGGAGCAAACUGUAGCCUUUCUCCAGGCAUGCGUUACCCUCCCACCCUUCCUGAGGACCUUGUUCAGACACUUUUAUCUUCAUUUUUGGGUUCAUGCAAAAAGAAAAAAGACAAGACUGUUAAAUCCACCAAGCCUUUAAAACCUCCCCCGUCGGCGGAGGAGCUAGAAGUGUUUCUCAACCAGUUACCAACCCUUUUACCAAAAACUAGUCCAUCACUUUCAAACCCUUCUCAUCUUACACUUCCAUGCCUUUCUGGAAACGGAGCUUUGAAUGGUCCUUUAGAGAGAGCGAUCAUAAUAUCCAACGUGUCAAACGUGCCUCCGGUGGGACGAAACCCAGGUGGAGCAGUCGUCACUUUCCCGACGGCUCCAGUUGCACCUAAACUGAGCUCUUCAAGGACUGUUCCUGUGAAAAAUGCUGUAGAAACACCAAUGGGCAUCUCUGGUUCUUCACAGAGAGCUCAAGGUGCAACCCAGGGGGACGUAAUCAUCACUUUACCUCCUGCUUUGGCACCAGAGCUGAAUCCCUGUCCUUCAGGGCAUAUAACUGUGAAUCAAACUGCACAAAUAGUCAGCUCUAAUGUUGAUCCAAGAGGAUCGAACCUCAUAAUCACUCUUCAACCUCCUACAGUUCCCAGCACCUUAAUUUGUCCAACCACAAUCAUGAAAACAUCCACAGCCAAUGCUCCAUCAGCUAAAGAUCGCAUUAGCCAGCACUGUGGCUCUCUGCUUAAAGUUAUACCGAGGGACUCUGGUGGUCUAGCUCAAGUGCAUCAAAAACCUCUAAAUCAGUUUCUUCUCCUUCCUCCAGGCUUUGUGUUUGCAGGCAGCAGCUUUGGCCAUCAGGUGGCUAGACAGGAUCAAUCCUUGAAAGGUUUAUCAGCUCUGAAUAGCACAGAGGUUAAACUUAGGAAGCAACAGGGAACUCCAGAUGUUUUCAGGCCACAACUAGGUUCACCACAGGUCGUGUCUGUUCAUGAUGCUUCUGUUGAGGGCUUAGAAGAAACUGCAGCGGCAGAGGAAGAGCUGAACAGCGAUGAUGGAGGACUGAUUGACAGUGAGGUAGAAGAGUGUGGUGAGAAGGACACCAGAGAGCUGUUUCUCACACUUUCUGAAUCCUCCAGGAGCCCCACGCCCAGUAUUGAAGAGGAAGAUGCUGACAUGGAGAUUGUUUUUAACAGGAGAGAGAAACUAGAGGAGCAGAAAACAAAAGAAAAGCAAGGCAGCAAUAGACUGACAAGGGAGGAGGAGGAAACAAGUGGAGACGUUUCAGACGUCCUGUUUGUGCCAGAACUUCAGAAAACCAUUGAGAAAUUUUCACAUCUGGCCACAAAGAUGAGAUCUGAAAAGGAAGGAAGUUCAGAUGAUGGAAAAUCGAACCAUGAACCUGCAGAUGGGCACCGUACCCACACUGUGGAGAGUCCUUUGGUCCUUUACGAUGAUGCACCUGAAGACGAUCCUUACAGAGACGCUAAAGAUGUCGCCUUUGCCCAGGCCUACUUGGAGAAGGUGUAUGAGGUGCUGCAGAUGGUGCCUGGGAAAGUGGACGAGUUCUUGUGUGUCUUGUCAGAGUUUGAGAAAGAUCCAGAAAGUCGCACAUCGCUAGAGCUGCUGACGAGACUCAAGCCUGUGCUGAGCGACUGGCCUGAGCUGCUUCAAGAUUUUGCUGCCUUCCUGCAUCCAGAUCAAGCCAAACAGUGUGGCCUGCUGGCAGAGCAGCAGGCGUUUGAGCGCAGCAGACGGUUUCUACGCCAGCUGGAGUGUACUUUUGGAGAGCAGUCAGAUCUCUACAGAAAGGUGGUGCACAUUCUACAAGGGGGUCCGUCACAGGAUCUUCCUGACUUCAAAGAGAUGAAAGCUCAAAUAACAUCACUGUUCCAAGAUCACACUGACUUGCUAGAGGAAUUCUGGGAUUUUUUUAAGCAGCUAUACCCGCAAGUGCAAGAUGAGGAUCAUGCAGACAAUGUAGAAACCAGUCAGGGCUUGGAAGGAAACCAUCCAUGUCAAGCAAACAGAGCUGUCUUAUCAGAUAAAAAAGAAGAGCCAGUCAAAACAGCCUUUAAACACGCAAGAAAACGAGACAAACAUGUUCAGAUGGCAGAAACAAAAAAGAACAAGGCCAAGAAAAACAGUCUGGCAGCAGAGUCAAAAAAGGAGGCAGCUGAACCUUCAGUGGACAGUCAAGAGUCUUCAUUUAACGCCACAGGAAGCUCAGUCUGUGCCGAGAAUAUCUCUCGCGCACCAAAUGGGAAAAAAGUAGUACUCUGGACGAGGGAGGCAGACCGUGUAAUACUGACCACCUGUCAGCAGAAAGGAGCCAAGCCGGCCACGUUUCAUGCCAUUGCAGCCCAGCUGGGCAACAAAACAGCCAACGAGGUUUUGGAGCGCUUUCAAGACCUCAUUAAGUUGUUCCACAAAUCCAGCAAGUUACAUCAAGCAAGCCAGUCGGACACAGAGAUCCAGUCCGGCACCAUAGAAGAUGAACCAGACUGACAUAAAAAAAUUUUAACAAAAAGACAAUGUGUGCAGGCUGGACCUGCCGCCUGAAUUGAAGCAGAAACAGUGUAACACUUUAAACCUGUUUUCCUGAAGUACUUGAACAACAGAAACGUCAUGUAAUAUUAAGAAAUUUGGGAAGAUAUAUAUUUAUGAUUCUUAAUUUUGAAGGCAUACACAAGCUAAAAACAAUAGUAAGACGUUAAAAACAUUGUGAAAUUGUUACGUUUUUCUACGGGAUGUGAUUUUUGAAAAAUAUUUUUCUUUCAUUAAUAGUUUAGUAAAUUACAGUGAGUUGUAGGUUGCGAAUAUCGUUUCAUGUGAAGGAAUAUAACAAAUAAAUUAUUUAAUUGUUUAUA